AUGUCUGGUCCCUUCCAUUGCUUCUUCCUCUCUCCACCUCCUCGUGUACUUAGAACCCUCUCCGGUCUCCACCGGUCAUUCUCGGCGACCUCCUCUACUUCCUCUGCGCCGCUAUUCCUUCCUACCCGGCAUGCCAUUUCAUCAGCACCACAGUCGUCGCAAUCCCCGGCUCUUCUCUCUCAUUCCCGGGCAUUCAGAUCCUCUUACAUAUCGCUUCUGUCUGCUCGAUCCCCAUCCGUCAAUAAUUCCGAUGAGAUCGGCCCCGAUACUAUUCUUUUCGAAGGUUGUGAUUAUAAUCACUGGCUUAUUGUCAUGGACUUCCCCAAGGACACAAGCCCACCCCUCAACCAGAUGGUUGAGACCUAUGAACAGACUUGUGCCAAGGGUUUGAAUAUCAGUGUGGAGGAGGCAAAGAAGAAGAUUUAUGCCUGUAGCACAACUACCUAUACAGGAUUUCAGGUUGUCAUGACUGAAGAAGAGUCAGAAAAGUUUUUAGGUCUUCCUGGAGUAAUCUUUGUGCUACCAGAUUCCUAUAUUGAUCCAGUGAACAGGGAUAAACAAGGAGAUAAGUAUAUCAAUGGAACAAUUAUUCCUCGACCUCCACCAAUACAAUAUGCAAGGAAUCAAGGAAACGUGACCGGAAUAGAAAUUCUGACCAACCUAGAUAUAACCAACCUAGAUAUAAUCAGCAAGGAGAUCAGAUGUCAAACCCACCAGGGAAUCGCCCUUACAAUUAUCAGGGGCCCAUGCAAGGUGAUGGAGGAACUUGGACCUCCACAAAAUCAUCCCCUCAACAGAAUUAUGGUCCUGCAUCACAGAGUUAUCCCCAAGGACAAGCUAUGGGUCCUCCUUCACAGCAAUAUGCACCGCAGCACAAUAAUGGCCCUUCUUCACCACGAGCACCACGCAACCAUAUGGUCCUGCUUCAUCACACAGCAUGCACCACAGCCUAACUUCGGACCAUCAGGACAAGGAGGUUCUCAACAAAGAUAUCCGCCUUCUGGCCAGGUAAUUUUGACUGGAUAUGGUAGGAACUAUGAUCCUUCUCAGGGUGGAAAUUAUGAUCGAAGACUAGUUAUCAGGGUACUCCAAACACAUAUGAUCAAGGAAAAACCAGGGAUAUGGACAAAAUUUCUCAGGGCAAGGGAAGGUGAGAGAUUUGCUCCAGGAGAACAAAGGAAUGCGUACGGAGAGCAUAGGAUCUAUGCACCUUUUGGACAAACAGGCUCUGAACAG